GUCGUUGCCAAAGAUGGAGCUCCCGAACCGUACACUUUGAGUGGAACGGCUUUGGUAGAGGUGACAGUCAAUGACGAAAACGACGAAACGCCGGAAAUUCGAGUGAUGCUCCUCGAAUCGAGCACAAGUGGACAAAUUUCAUCUGCAAUGCAUCAAUCCCAGCUGGAACCCUCAAGCGAACUUUCGGGCAAUGGGGCAAAAUUUCUCGGUGAAUAUAUGACUUCGAUCAGUGAAAAUCCACAGCCUGAAACUGUGAUUGCUUACAUCCAAGUUUUAGACCGUGAUCAUAACGGGCAGGAUCAAGUUCACUGUCGUCUGGGUCCCACCGAUAACUUCACACUUCAAGUGGAUUCACCGGACACUAAGUAUGCGCCAGGUCGAGCAGAUCUUUCCGGGACACAGACCAUCAGCGAUUUGGCCAACUCCUCACCUAAUCGACAAGAUUUUCGACUCGUCACAGGAACAAGCCUUACAAGCUCGAUAGGUCCGUUCACGCGUUUGGAUCGCGAGGUCACCCCCAUGCAGCAGGUUACUAUCACAUGCACCGAUAGCGUUGGCAAUUCGGCUUUUGUACGGAUCAAUGUCCAACUGAAAGACGUCAACGACCAUGCUCCGGAAUUUGUCAACAAUGGUCAUUUCGCAUUUCAGAUCCCGGAAAAUCAGGAACUGAUCGGUGGGAAGCCCCUAUGGUUGGGGCGGACCGUUGCUACCGACAAAGAUGCUGGUGAUAAUGCAAAAAUUUCUUACAGUCUUGAAGAAGAUAGUGAAAAUUACGACUCCACGAAACAUUCAUACGAUGGGGCAAUGAGUAGAUUGUUUGAGCUGGAUGCUCGUACCGGAGAUUUGUACGCAAAAGUUAUGUUUGACCGCGAAGCUCUAACCGGGGAAGGAGCCUACCGAUUACGAGUACAUGCGGUGGAUAACGGACAACCCAAGCUCACUGGGACUGCAGUUGUAGAAGUGUUCAUCGUUGAUGUGAAUGACUGGGCACCGCAGUUCACAAAGGAUGUCUACACGUUUUCUGUAGCUGAAGACACACGUGUUCAGGAGGUCGUAGGGAGCAUCGAGGCAGUGGACCGUGAUGCUGACAGUCAGGGUAAAAUAACUUACCACAUGGUCAAUCAUAUGAGGCAGCCAACAGCGCUUUAUACGCGAGGGAUUCGCAAAACCAGAUCAGUUGGCAGCAAGGCCCCAUUCUCGCGAAAAGGGCGAAAAGUCAGUGAUCCUGAGGUGAGUUCUGGAGAAUUACAAGGAACUACAAGUUCCUAUGCUGAUACAUCAGUUCCGGUACCCCAGAAUUCCCCGAGUCCGGAGUUCUAUAAACGUCGAGAGCAGAAGGCUUCUGAUGAAAAUAAUUUCAAUGUUCUGCCUGAAAACGCUCCAAAAGAGCACAACUACUUCAGUGUCGACAGAUUGAGUGGAAAGAUCCGCCUAAUACGACGGCUGGAUCGAGAAUCGGUGGCGUUUUUUUCACUUGAAAUUGUGGCCACAGAUAGCCCGCCAGUUUCAAUACUUCCUGUCAGGCACCAGCAAUCUGGAAGUUAUACCAAUUUUACUUCAAAUGUCCACCUAAUCCCGAAGAUUUUGUCAAGUUCAACAACAGUGGUAAUUGCAGUCACAGACGUGAACGAUAACGCGCCAGUUUUUCGCAGUCCAAACACAUCCACGGCAAUUCAGGUUCGCCUGCAAGAAACUCUGGGAAAACAAUUACUGACCUUUGAAGCCACCGACGCUGAUGAGGGGGAAAACGCAAGAAUAUCAUACAGUAUACGAACGGAGGUACCCCGGCCACCCGGGGGACCAGGAACCGGAUAUUUUUCAGUAGACGAAACAAGUGGACUCUUGUUCUUGGCCAGGACCCUUAAUAACACAGCAACCCAUCGUCUGGUGGUUGAGGCCUGUGACAAUGGAAGUGGGACGACCCGACGCUGCACACUAUCUCCUAACAUCCGUAUCACAGUCUUUGAUGGAACGGAAGGGCAGAAUAAUGGAGAUUUGGGCCUCUACCAGGGACGAUCAUUGCAAUCUGGUCCAGCUGACAUGAUCCCCUUUGACUUGGACACGUUUGCCGCCCGUUCUGCUGCAGCUGCUCAGUCUGGCAGACGGAAUGAAGUAAUCGUUGUCUGUUUAGUGGUCAUCUUCAGUUGUCUUUUGUUGGCCACGAUUUUCUUGGUUGCAUGUAUUCUGCAUCGGCGCGGAUCACGCCCUUGGCUACUUGGACGAUCUACAAAUGUGGAUGGACGUAUUUUAGCAAAGGACGUGAGUAGCACACCAAAACCAAAUCAUGCCAACUUAAAGUCCAACGGUGAUCCUUGGAUCGACGACGGACUGCAAAAUGAGGAAACUGAAAUGGUUUUGGAUCCGAAACUGGAUAACUGCAAGGCUGUGUCUUACGGAGUUGGCUGUUCUGGGAAUGAACCAAAGUAUCUUGCCCGUGACACAAUGUUCCCUGGUGUUGCUUACCCCGUUCACACAUAUAUUCCUGCAGGAGUAAAGCUUACACCCGGAUCGCAAAACUUUUUCUACCCUACGCACUUUGAUCCCACCACUCUGGUACAUACUUCUCCAGAGGAUUGCAAUGAACAGCCCAGUUACCUUGGACGUUCAAGGACACAAACUGACACGCCAUCCUCAACCGAUGGCAGGGUGAAUGUGACAAAACUCACCACUCACAAGGUCACUGAAAACACUCUGACACUUUCUUUAUGUUCAGCAGAUGGAGGCGGUCCCCGAGUUUUCGUCAAUCUUCUAUUUUGCUUAAACCGAAAAUGGGCACCGCUAGCGAAAUGCGCUCAUUUGAAAACUAAUUUGGGGAGACUGAACUAA